CCGGAAAACGAGUGUGUAAUUGAUUAUGUAUAUGUUAUAGACGGAUGUGUUGUGUAACGUCUUAAUAUUAAUAAAAUAUGCCAGUAGAUGGUAGUGAAGACCAGGACCUCCCGGCCCUGCCGAACCCGGUCAGUGCUCUCACCCCUGGAGAGACAGGGCUCGGGAAGGAAAAUGCGAGCCACGGGGCAACCGCGGGCCCGUCACUGGCCGGCACUAGCCGGGAGGAUCCAGCCGCUCUGGCGGAGGUCUCCCGGAAGCCCCAGGCCCUGCUCCAUAUCGACCGGCAGCAGAUCCAGGCGGUGGCCCACAGCUCUCAGGCCGCGGAGCUGCAGGGGCUGGGGGUGGACGUCUACGACCAGGAGGUGCUGGAGCAGGGGGUGCUGAAGCAGGUGGACAGGGCCAUCCAGGAGGCCAGCCAGGCCACGGCCAAAGCCGAGGCCGAGAAGGAGUACGAGGCAGUCCUGGAUGACCUCAGGUCCUGCACAGCGGCAUUAAAACAUAUUAAUAAAAUCAUAGAGCAGCUCUCUCCGUAUGCUGCUUCAAGCAAAGAUAUCAGUAGGAAGAUAGAAUCUGUCAAACGUCAGAAGGAGAAUAAGGAGAAGCAGCUGAAAAAGAUCAGGGCCAAACAGAGACGACUCCAGGCCAUUCUCGGUGGAGAAGAUGCAGAAAAGAUGGAGGCUGAAUUAUUGGAGGACGACGAUGAAGAGCCGGGCCCGUCCACCCUGGGCAGCAUGCUGAUGCCGGCGCAGGAGACAGAGUGGGAGGAGCUUAUCCGCACGGGUCACAUGACCCCCUUCGGCACCAAGAUCCCCCAGAAACAGGAGAGGAAGGAGCCGCGCAGGGUGAUGCUGAGCGAGGACUCGGCCUUCGACCGGUACCUGGCUGACCAGGCCUCCCUGGCGGUGAGCCGGAAGAGGACGCCGGCGAAGAAGAAAGCCAGCACGGCCGCCGGGACAGCGGGCGGAGGCGGGGCCGGCGGGAAGCUGAAGGGCGGCCCCUCGGCCCGUGACAGGAAGCUGGAGAAGCGCAUGCGGAAGCUGCAGAGGAACGCCCUACGGACGCACCCCAAAGCCCGGCCCGUGGGGGGCAGGGAGCCCCCGCCGCCUAGGAGGAAGCCCGGGGGCGAGGACAGCGACGGCUCCGAGUACGUCCCCAGCGAUGAGCUCAUGGACCCAGAGGAGCCGGAGCGGGACGAUGAGUUCUGGGUGGACGAGGACGAGGAGUAUGAGCUGAAGCCCUACAGGAAGAAGGACGAGCCCAAGAAGAGGAAGGCGACAAGGCAGGAGGAGGAGAACGACGACUACUUCCCCAGCAGCUCCGACGAGGACAAUGAUGACAGCGACUCCGGGAAAAAGGGCCGUGGGAAAAAGUGCAAAGACGACGGGGACGUGGAGUAUUACAAGCAGAGAAUACGGAGGUGGAGGAGACAGAGGCUGAGGGAGAAGGAGCGGAAGAGGGAGGCCGGAGAGGACGAGUCGGAGGACAGCGACGUCGAGUUCGACGAGGGUUUCAAAAUGCCCGGCUUCCUGUGGAAGAAGCUCUUCAAGUACCAGCAGACAGGUGUCAGGUGGCUGUGGGAAUUGCACUGCCAGCAGGCGGGGGGGAUUCUGGGAGACGAAAUGGGCCUGGGCAAGACCAUCCAGAUAAUAGCCUUCCUGGCAGGGCUGAGCUACAGCAAGAUCAGGACGCGGGGCUCAAAUUACAGGUAUGCCGGACUGGGCCCCACCGUCAUUGUGUGCCCCGCCACAGUCAUGCACCAGUGGGUGAAGGAGUUCCACACCUGGUGGCCCCCGUUCCGAGUGGCAGUCCUGCACGAGACUGGCUCCUUCACCAGCAAAAAGGAGAAGCUGAUCCCCGAGAUCGCGGCCAGCCACGGCAUCCUCAUCACCUCGUACUCCUACGUCCGCAUCAUGCAGGACUACAUCCAGCGCUACGACUGGCACUACAUCAUCCUGGACGAGGGCCACAAGAUCCGCAACCCCCACGCGGGCGUGACCGUGGCCUGCAAGCAGUUCCGCACACCCCACCGCUUCAUCCUGUCAGGGUCGCCCAUGCAGAACAACCUCAAGGAGCUGUGGUCCCUCUUCGACUUCAUCUUCCCCGGGAAGCUGGGGACGCUGCCCACCUUCAUGGAGCAGUUCUCCGUCCCCAUCACCAUGGGGGGGUACUCCAAUGCCUCCCCAGUGCAGGUCCAGACAGCCUACAAAUGCGCCUGUGUCUUACGUGACACCAUUAAUCCCUACCUGCUUCGGAGGAUGAAGGCGGACGUGAAAGCCAACCUUUCAUUGCCCGACAAAAACGAGCAGGUCUUAUUUUGCCGUCUGACCGACGAACAGCGGCAAGUCUAUCAGAACUUCAUAGAUUCCAAAGAGGUGUAUCAGAUCCUGAAUGGAGAAAUGCAGGUGUUCUCUGGCCUCAUUGCCCUGAGGAAGAUCUGCAACCACCCGGACCUCUUCUCCGGCGGGCCCAGGAUACUGAGGGGCAUCCCGGAGGACCAGCUGACCGAGGAGGAGCACUUCGGCUACUGGAAGCGGUCGGGGAAGCUGAUCGUGGUGGAGUCGCUGCUCCGCCUCUGGCACAAGCAGGGCCACCGGGUGCUGCUGUUCACCCAGUCCCGACAGAUGCUGGAGAUCCUGGAGGUGUUUGUGAGAGAAAAUGGAUACUCUUACCUCCUAAUGGAUGGCACCACCCCCAUAGCCUCCAGGCAGCCUCUCAUCGCACAGUACAACCAGGACAAGUCAAUAUUCGUUUUCCUGCUGACCACUAGAGUGGGCGGUCUCGGUGUGAACUUGACUGGGGCGAACCGGGUUAUCAUCUAUGACCCUGACUGGAACCCCAGCACAGACACUCAGGCCCGUGAGCGUGCAUGGAGGAUAGGCCAGAAGCAGCAGGUUACUGUUUACAGGCUGCUGACGGCUGGUACCAUAGAGGAGAAGAUUUACCACAGACAAAUCUUCAAACAGUUCCUCACAAAUCGGGUACUUAAAGACCCCAAACAACGUCGGUUUUUCAAAUCCAAUGACAUUUAUGAGCUGUUCACGCUGAGCAAUCCGGAUGGCAUCCAGGGAACUGAAACCAGCGCAAUAUUUGCAGGUACUGGUUCUGAUGUGCACGUUCCCAAGAAGCCUGCAAAACUCAAGACUCCAAACUCAUCACAGCUAAGCCUUCGCCAGCCAAAUAUUCCUCCAAAACAAAAAGCUUCCUUAGAUGACUCUAAUACGAAGACAACGGAAAAGGAUCCAACAGUCGCACAUGAUGUGUCGGGCAACAAAUCCGUAAACGAUGCCCAACGGUACAAUGAGUCGGAGCGGAAAGAGCCAACCGCAGUGAACGGUUUACACAGCAAAUUUAGCCACGUGCUAUAUGGAGCGAACACAGAAGCCGCUGAUCUGAAGUCAGUUCCCGGCGCUGCCGAGGACUUAUCACCGAAACAUGCAGGGGGGGUGCUCCACGGGAGCAGCCCUCAGAAACACAGAGAGAAGAGGAAACACUGUGUCCAAGAGGGGGGCGAGGGGACGCCGGAGGGACUCCGGCGAAAGCACAAAAAGGACAAGCGCUCCAGGGAUGCGAGGUUUGAGGGCCAUCGCAUCUCACACCUGGUGAAGAAACGCAAGUACAGGAGGGAUAAGGAGGAGGACAAGGACGAGAAAGAAUCACGGAAGAAGAGUGACGAUUACGUCCUGGAGAAACUUUUCAAGAAAUCAGGAAUCCACAGUGUUAUGAAACAUGAUUCCAUCAUGGAGGCCUCCAAUCCGGAUUAUGUGCUGGUGGAGGCGGAGGCAAACAGAGUGGCCAAGGAUGCCCUGAAGGCCCUCAAGAUCUCCCGCCAACACUGUAGGCUUCCAUUCUCAAGAGGAUCUGCCAGUACUGACAGCAGCCGACCACAGGGGGCGCCAGCACCUGCCAGGAAAAGGUUUGGUCAAAGGAAGAACCCCCUGUUAGCUGAGCCACCAGCUGCUGCUGCUCGAGCUCCAGACAAGUGCAAGGAUGCUGCCAUAAUAAAGAAGUCCGGCGUGAAGAAAGCUGUGGCCCACUUUAGCGGGGAGGGGACGGAGGAAGACGGCAGCGCCCUGUCCUCAUCCUCCCUCUUGGCCAAGAUGAAGGCGAGGAACCACCUGAGCCUGUCCCGGACACUGGAGGAAGAGGAAGAAGAAGGGGAGGGCAGGGCGCCGCCCCCUGCGGCCCCGUCGACGGAGCACGACGAGCUGCUGGUGGACCUGAGGAAUUUUGUGGCGUUCCAGGCGCAGGUGGACGGGCAGGCUACCACCCAGGAGAUCCUGCAGCAUUUCACCCCCAGGCUGUCUGCCGCGCAGACCCCCGUCUUCCGAGAGCUGCUCAGGAAUAUAUGCGAUUUCCACAGGUCACCGGGUCAGGAGGGCACCUGGAAGCUUAAAGCUGACUUCAGAUGAACAAGAAACCUCAACACUGCUGCAAUUCUGUGCCAUUUGAUUUAAAAAAAAAACACCUUUCCUCUGUUCUGGGAUUUACUUGAAGCUAAACAUGUCUCAUUCUCUUGCUUGUCAGACUUACGACUGUGAUCUGGGAAGGGUCCAACAGACACUGGCAGUUGAUUGCAUGAAUACAGUUUCAGAUUGUUCAUUUAAAAUCCAAUCAUCUUGCUCUUGCCAGUUUUAGCAUUAAUGCACAAAUG